AUGAUCUCUCCAUCCCCGAUCGUUCCCUCGAAGAACGCCUUACGAGCUCUGCGGCGGCUGGCUCUGUCUCCUCCCGCUGUUGUCGUCGUUGGUGCUGUGGGCAGUCUCUGCGGUGCUGCAGUAGUGCACUGUGAGAUCCGACGUCAACUCGUUCUAGCCGAGCGCAUCAUCGAGACGAAGAAGGUCUUGCGAUCCUUGACGAAUGGGCCACCCGCCGAACGUCUGAAGGAUAUGUUCGAAGCGGCAGAAAGAGGCGAGGACGUCACAUCGCCGGAAUGGCGUGCAAAGAGAAGGAGGAAGGAGAUUGGACGCAGAUCUUUCUCAACCAGCAGCAGAACAUCAGCACCAGCUGGGAACGAUUAUGGUGGAACAAAGGAAACUUCCAUGUCUCGAGAGGAAGAGCGUAAGACUCCCAGCACGCAGAAACCAAUAAAGCCCCGGUAUCACCCUAUCCCUCGACUAUAUCUUGGGAAACAUGUCUCGCGAUCAAGAGAGAAACGGGAGCCGUCGUUCACCGAGUUCCGAUUUUCCUCUCAGCGCACCAACGCCGGGCCACUCAAUUCGAAUCGCAGGCUUCUUGCGAAUCAGCACUAUAACACAACCAGUCAGAAGCAUAUCAACAACUCUUGCUUUCCAACUGGGUCACCUGAUGGGAACUUGGCUGGUCCGUCUCUACAACACGGUUCGAUGCGGCCGACUCUAAGAGAAGGAGAUUCUGACACAUCGGUGGAAAGAAGUCGCGACAAGUCUGCGUCGGGGUUGUUGGACGGAGAACCAGGAAUUCACAAUCCAUCAGCCAAAUAUGACAGUGUGACGAGCCUUCCAUUCCGACCCCUCUACGUUUUGCCUCGUCAGUCCAGUACAGAAGGAAGCCCAUGUUCAAUGGAUCGUGAAUGCGAUGUUGCCACCAAGCCUGCUCCAGCUGCGCCAUCCACGAGCAAAGACCUAAGAGAGCUGCCCAGAAAGGAGCUUCGGUGGCACCACGGCAGGCGUCUGUGGUCUUCUUGCACAACGAACAAGGCGAAUACAAUCGACCUUGACACAGCCUUGGACACUGAAUUUACCUCUUACCGUAAACGUGUGCAGAGCUACGGACCCCACUGGCCCAAACGGACCCGGGUGUUUGAAUCACCAAAGCUAGAGACCGGAAUUGAUGAGCUAAAGUACAUUCCAUAUUCCAUUCGCAACCACUUUACAAAAAGUGUCAACCCGAAGGUAUAUCUCGAUGUCCAGAAUUUCAUCAGCCCUCGGAAACACGUUUCGACAUACGAAGGAAGACUACAGCGGUGGUCGGCUGCUAUGCGAUACUAUACACACCAGAAGGAUCCUAAUUGGGCCAUGGCCGAAGCUCUGUUCUUCAGUUGGCGAUUUUCAUUUCGACCGGAGGACUUGAUCUGUGCACCUGUCAUGAAGCUCAUAAGCUAUCUCCUCGCGACCGCUCCAACUUCCGAAAGGCUUCAAGAGUUGUUUUUCCCCAGCUCUGUUCCCGGGGACAGCACUGAUCAUCAUUAUUCGCUUGCCCCUCGAUACUUGGCGAUCUUCUGCGAGGGCCAUGACGAAAAAUCCUGCAUCGCCGAGCUUGCAAAGAUACAUAAACUUGCCAAACGAAGCAAAUUGGCCCACAAGGACCAAGUCUUUGUACCUGUGCUGCGAAAGGCGCUGCGAAAUCAAGAUCCUGGACAGAGAGACGACCUCAUAAACGCUGUUGUUGAGGUCUACGGAGAGGCUGUAAGGCCAUACAUCCUGAGCCAGUGUGCGUUAUUGUACACAAGCAGUGGGGACUGGGUCGAUGUCCAAGAGACGCUCAGUCAGAUACACGCGACUGGCCACAGUAGGCAGCGAGUGUAUCAGUACUCUUUGGUAUUCAACAGCAUACUCAAGCGACACUUGGAAACGAAUGGUGCUGCCCAAGCCUUCGACUUUCUACUGGGCUGUAUCAAAGACGCAGGCCUUGUUCCGCUCCGCUCAAUAUCCACCACGAUCAUAUGUGCUUUGGUCCAGGAGAAGCGGUUUGAUCUUGUCAGCGAAUGGGUGCGGCUCGUCCGCGAAGCUUUCCCUCGGUGCAAACUAGGCUUUGAUCUCGAGGAAGACGCCUGGAAACUCGGACAAGCUUUGAGGACAAUAGGUGCCACAUGUCAGCAGGUUGCAGAGGUUUGCCGCGGAAUUUCGCUGGGUUGCCGUGAUGAUCCCUUCUCUCCAGUCCUGAAGGAUUUUGUGAAAGACAUUGUGAGACACGAUGUCACUGGGAAGUUCCAUACGCUGGCGGAACAUCGUCCAAGUCUGGUUGCUCUCGACACUUAUCUACAGUGGGUACCUUUAAGUCAAGUUAUUGAUGUUGCUUCUCGAAUCUGCACAUCACACAGGCCACCGGUGUCUGGUGGCGACGUUUUCGACUCGGCGCUACAAGACCUUGCUUCUCAGCUAAAUGGGAUCGAAGAACUAAAGUCCAUCUUUGCAGGCGACUUGAACCUAGCUCGGCCAAAAUCAGUUGGUGACUAUCAAUCAGAUGCGUCCUCUCGUGGAAUUUCUUCGGUGCAAGACUCCUGGAGAUCCUCGUCGACGGCAGAAAGCCAAUUGUUGAUCUCAGAGUUGAUUGAGCGGGCCGAAUUGAUUGACAUUGUCUACAUCCAGGACAUGGUCGCAGAGCACUACGAUAUGCAACAGGCGGACGGCUAUGCCGUCAACCACUUGCUACUGGAGCGGCUCCUCGUAAGGCUCGCCUCCAACAGACCCUGGGAUGCACUCAAGCUAGUUGAAACAUUCUAUGCUCGCCACUAUGCACAAUGUCUCUCUGGGAAAGGACUUGGUAACGGGCUCUUUUUGAAGUGGAUGAGCUUGGUGUUGGAAAUUGGCGAUAAUCAUUCGACUUUGGAAGUUCUCUGGGCUAUACUUGACUCGAGCAGCCAGCUCGAAUGGUCAUUUGAAUUUACAGCUCUGGUCGACAUUGUAGGAAGGAGCUUUACUCCUUCCACUACUCCCGAAGAGCCUCGAGAGUUGAACUAUUUGAUGGAGCGGAUUCGAGUACUCAAGAAGACUGUGCGGGAACCAAAAUCAGUCAAUGACGACUUUACAUUUCCCCCAUGGCGUGAUUGGGAGGAAGACUUGAGAGACACCAUCAAUCUGCCAAAGGUGCCGCACUUAGCGGAGGAGGAGGAAAUGCUCGAAGCGCGGUGGUCGUGA